UAAUCCACAAGAUCAAACCAUUAAAGUAAUUGAAUUCAGUAACCAACUGACCUCUCAAUCGGUCAAUCAAUCAUCAUGAAGACCGGAAAAGGAGCGAAAAUCGUGAAGCAGAUAGCGUCAAUGGUGAGCCGAGCAGCCAAAUCCACGUUCACCGCCGUCGCAACCAAAUCCGACGCCGUCAAAGCGCGAAUACUCUUCAAAGCGUUCACAGUCCUGUCCAGAAGGAAGAAUUUCUCAAUCGAAUCAACUCGCGAUAAAAUUAACGACGAAUUAGAAAUUGACAAUAAUUGCAACGCCAACGCCGCCGUCGUCGUUGUCUACAGAGGCGGAGAUCUAUCCUCCACCGUCGAUAACUCCGCCGGCGCCGGCGCCGACGACGAGGAUGAGAAGUAUCCUGACCUGAGGCACUCGCUGUUCGACGAGGAGGAAGAAGUGCUUGAAGAUCUGCUGGAGGAAUCGAAGUCGUCGGCGAUAGACGAGGUGAAGAAUUCGAAGGAGGAUCACGGCGAGAGCUUCAAUUUGGAAGAUGAGAUCAAUGAGGUUGCGGAUUUGUUCAUCAAUAAAUUCCAUAACCGUAUGCGUCUCCAGAAGCUUCUGUCCUUCAAGCGCUACCAGAAGAUGAUGGAGAGGACUGCCUGAGCUGGGGAGGUCCCGGGACUGCGACACCUAAAGUAUGGUUCAAUUGAAUGGAGUUUCGAAUGAAUUAUAAAUAUAUAUUUUGCUAAACAAAAUAAUUAUGAUAACAAGUUAAUAUUUAAUGUAAUUGACUAUAUAAUUUUUUUAAAAAUUAUUGUUAUGUUUUAAAGUAUGAAAU